AUGUUGGAGUUGCGUAUGCAAAGGAGACGUCUCAAAUAUUGGCAGAUUUAUGAGGAGAUACUAGAAAAGAUGAAGCAGGUUCAAUACGAGAUUACAUUGUACAAGAAAAGUGCAGAGUUUUUGGCUGAAAAAUUGAAGUCUUGGGAUGGAAGCUUGUACCACACAUUGGACUCUGAUUCGCGUCUUGAACAAGAUAUACUUCGUCGCUGUUAUAAACGCGAUCUUGGGGAGGCUAUAAAGAAGCAAGAACCGAGCGAAGUUUACAUGAAUCAGAGGGAUCGUCGUCUGUUAGAUUUUCACUUCGCUAACCUGGAGUAUGUCAGUGGUGGCACACUUGACAAGCUAUCUUUGCAACAUUUUGACCAAGACGAUGAGUUCCAAUUCACUGGCUCGCAUAUGGCAAAAUUUCUGGCUGAAAAAUUGAAGUCUUGGGAUGGAAGCUUGUACCACACACUGGAUUCCGAUUCGCGUCUUGAGCAAGAUAUACUUCGUCGCUGCUAUAAGCGCGAUCUUGGAGAGGCUAUAAAACGUUAUGAUGCUGCUCGUGAUCGGUUUCGUAAUCUCGAAACCACGCUUCGUAAUCUCAAGAAGCAAGAACCGAGCGAAGUUUACAUGAAUCAAAGAGAUCGACGUUUGUUAGAUUUUCACUUCGCUAAUCUGGAAUAUGUCAGCGGUGGCACACUUGACAAACUCUCUUUGCAGCAUUUUGAUCAAGACGAUGAAUUUCAGUUUACUGGAUCGCAUAUGGCAAUACGAGAUGGAUACGGUGAUUUCCUGACGAGAUUGGUGACUAGCGAUAUUGCUAGUGAUAUCAAACAAAAUGCUGUUGUGGAAGAAAUAAAGUACAAUGAGAAAGGCGUUGAAGUAAAGUACAAAACAGACGAGACCACCGAGACUGUAGAAGGUGAUGUAUGCCUCUGCACUAUACCUCUGGGUGUUCUAAAACGCUCAGUGACUGAAUGCUCGGAUGCACCCAAAUUCGAGCCACCUUUGCCCGAGAAUACUGUGAAUGCUGUGCUCGAAAUGGGUUUUGGUAACUUCAAUAAAGUUGUGCUAAUUUUUUCUCGUCCGUUCUGGGAUGUGACGCAAAAUUACUUUGGCCAUCUCAACCAUUCUAGGGCUUCUCGUGGUGAGAUGUUUAUGUUCACAGCGCUAAGCAAAGCACCCGUGCUGAUUGCAAUGAUGGCGGGAGAAGCAGCGAAUUUGGAAGCUCCUAAUGAGGUGAUUGUCCGCAAAGCUAUGAAUGUCCUGGCAAACAUUUUUGGUUCUGCUUGCCCGAAAGGA